GUUUACCCCGCCAUAAACUCAGCUUGAAUGCAUUUUUAGGCGGGGUAAUCUGCCUUAUAUUACUAAUAUUACCUACCUUGGGUUAGGUACGUACAUGAGGUCGACUACCUUAUAUAUUACCUAGAGGUAUUCUCACUGCUUCGUACAUACGCAUUAGACCAGCCACUUCUCCAAUAGCUCCUCAAUAUCAUAACCAAAUGCGAUGGCGCCGCGUACAGAUUUCCCUCCUAUAAGAGCCUGUCUCUUCGACAUGGACGGUCUCCUUCUCGACACCGAAGAUAUCUAUACUCUCUGUAUAAAUCUUAUCCUCGAAAAGUACGGCAAAAGUACUCUUCCCUGGUCCAUCAAGGCCAAGUUACAAGGCCGACCGGGUCCCGAAGCAAACGCGCUCUUCCAUGCAUGGGCUCAGCUGCCCGUUAAGGAAUCCGAAUACCUCGGCCAGCUUACUGCUUUACAACAGGAACACUUUCAAAACGCGAAGCCUUUACCAGGUGUAGAAAAGUUGCUUGGUAACUUAGGGAGGACGCGAUGGUGGGACAUUAAGGAUGAACAAGGAGUAAAGAACGGGGAUAAGGGAGAGAGCGGCGGAAAGACGCAGCAAAGAGUUCAUAUCGCGCUGGCGACUAGCAGCACGACAUCCAACUUCACCGUCAAAACUGCCAAAUGGACCGAAUUAUUUGCAGUGUUUGAGUCGCACCGGAGGGUACUAGGCGACGAUAAGCGUAUCCAGCCCGGUCGUGGAAAGCCCAUGCCGGAUAUUUACCUACUCGCACUGAAGAGUAUCAACGACAGCCUCGAUCCAAGUGAAAACCCAAUCACGCCGGAAGAAUGCCUCGUCUUUGAAGACAGUGUCCCAGGAGUCGAAGCCGGACGACGAGCGGGCAUGCGAGUAGUAUGGUGCCCUCACCCUAUGCUAAAGAAGGAAUACGAGGGUCGGGAAAAAGAGAUCCUGGCUGGUCGUAUGGGAGAGGCAGGCGACGUUGACCAACAUCAGUUGGGAGAAAUCGACGACGGAUGGGCCGAUUACUAUCCUGAUCUAAUCAACUUCCCAUACGAAAAAUAUGGAAUAGCUGUGCCGCCAGCUGAGGUGGAAUUAGAUGCUGCUAUGAAGGUGAAUACCAAGGACGAGCUCAUCGCCCAAGACACGAAAACUGCGACAGCGUAGCGAUUAGAAUAUGACAACGACAUAGACAGUAUGUUAAGUGCUUAUAUAUUACCAUUAACACUCUGACCAACUGCGCAACGAUAGAAACAGGAGUGUCAUGAUGACUGAACCUAGGUCACUACUACUACCUAGGUAG